AUUUCUGCAUACAACACCGCACCGCGCGACACCGCCGUUCUGCCGUACUCGCCCCCCAAGCGCGCUCCUGAUGCACUCCCUCGUCUAGAGGCUACGGGCCAGAUGUCGCGCACACCAGACGGGGGCCGCGGUGUGUGUGUCCCGGCCCACAAUGACUCGCCAGAUACAAUAAUCGCGCCUCGGCCAGUUAGAACAAACAGCACAUUCUCAUCGCUCGCACCCUCUCCACAAAAUCAUGCUACGCCCUCUGAUGGCGGCACAUCGGGAUACGACACCCCCGUAACCGACAUGCAAAGCAGCGACGGGUCGCGCCGCGUCCACUCCCCACGGACGCCGGUGGCGCGCGCCGGUUCGCGCGAGAAGCGCCGCCCGUCCACAUCCUCCUCCUCCUCUCCCCCAUCCACAUCUACCGUCCCCACCGAGUCCACGACAGAUAUCACAACACCUCUUCCAAGCGCGAGCGGGAGUGACUCGCGCACCUCGUACCUCCACCGCCGUUCGCCCAAAUCGCACGCACACAAGCCAAAUGUGCCCGUUGUAGGCCGCGCUCGCUCAGACGAUGAGCCCGCGGCCUCCGGCUCGUCCGUGGCCGACAUAUCUGGUAAUGAGGGCUCACAAGGCGACAGCGUGAACGAGUCGUCGCGCUCCGGCGCCUCGCGAACCGACAGUGGGGCAUUUGCGUCGGCAUCCGCGUCGGCCAGCGCAGGCUCGGACUCGUCCGAGCCCUUCCCGAAGCCAGGACCACGAAACGCCGUCAAUCGCAUCCCCGCGACGGUCGGUACGUCCGAGUCGUCCUCGGACCCCGGCGAGCCGGCCAUCACGCGUCUCCGGCGGCCCGUUCCAUCCCCGGCUGUGGCGAGGAUGCCACAGCCAACAAUUAAGGAUCUCGUAACUGCUACCAUCUCUGAGCUGAUUAAUACGGCUGGGCAGGCCGACGCCAUACACCGCCAGGAGCGGCGGCAGGCCAGCACGCCGCGCGUGGAUGGAUACACGAGUUCGGAGCAGGGUGGCUCCGAAGCAAAAGACCAGCUCAGCCAGCUCCCUCAGCGACCGUUCGGCCGAUCACGCCCCAACUCGCAGUACUUCUACGACCGGAACGAGUGGUGGGAGCGCGGCUCGAACCAGUCUUCGCGUACGGUGCACAGCAACCACUCAACUCACUCUGCACACUCUGUGCACUCCAAUCACUCGGCACACUCACAAACAAGUGUGCGCUCCGAGCCGCUCAUGUCGCGCAACGAGGCCCCAACAACAAUGAUGCGUGCACUUAGCGUAAGCGGCGCGCUGCGGCCGCGACGCACCACGCGCCCGCACCGUGCGGCGGACAUCGAAGCCGCGUGCCGCUCCCUCAUAGACCUCACGGCAUAUCCCAUCUCGCCGCUCGGCGAAGUCCUCGGCCUCGCGGACGAGAGCAGUUCGGGGCUCUAUCACCCCGACCUGACUCCGGCAUGGCAGCGCAUCGCGCCGCGCGUGCGCAACACGAGCGCCCUCGCGCCACACGGGAGCUUCACGACGCGGCGCGGCUCGCAGAGCCUCUCGUCGCCGUCCAAGUCGCGCGCGCCGUCCGAAAGCUCACGCCGCUCGCGGACGUCGCAUUCGCACUCGCACGCGGGCUCCGGCCCACCGACCCCGCGCCUCGGCCUCGUGACCGCGCCCGUGCCCGCGCCGCGGGACUUGGCCGCGGACCUCGGCGGCGCCACCGCACACCUGACACCCUCGCAGAUCGUCGACCUCGAACACGCCGCCACGCUCGGCGACCAGCUCGCGGCCUACCGCCUGGGCUGGGAGCGGCGGGGCAGCGCCGGGCUGCCGCGCAACGCGUCUUCAGACUCGCUGAAGAGCCGGCGCUCGACCUCCGGCCGCCGCAUCAGCAUCGAAAUCGAGCCCAGCUUCCACGACCGCGACUACGGCCCAGGCUCGCCACAGCAACACGGUAUGUGCUUCUUCUCCGGACGCCGCAUCAACAGGAGGAACUGACCAAAGCCUGGAGGCCGUAGUUUGUAUGCCUUGUAUGCCUGGCGGACCACGGUACGUGUUCGCGUGUAGUUUCCCCGACCCCGAUUGUCG